AUGGAGGGAGCCCACAGCGCAGACCUGCAGCUGCAGCAACUCCCACCCACAAGCAGUGCUGUCUCCGUGAGCGAAGUUUCCUUCUCCUACAAGGAAAACUUGAUUGGCGCCCUGUUGGCGAUUUUUGGGCACCUUGUGGUCAGCAUUGCGCUUAACCUUCAGAAGUACUGCCACAUCCGCCUGGCAGGCUCCAAGGAUCCUCGGGCCUAUUUCAAGACCAAGACAUGGUGGCUGGGCCUGUUCCUGAUGCUGCUGGGUGAGCUUGGUGUGUUUGCCUCCUAUGCCUUCGCUCCACUCUCCUUGAUCGUGCCUCUCAGCGCAGUCUCCGUGAUAGCUAGUGCCAUCAUAGGAAUCAUAUUCAUCAAAGAAAAAUGGAAACCUAAAGAUUUCCUGAGGCGCUAUGUCUUGUCCUUUGUUGGCUGUGGUUUGGCUGUCGUGGGUACCUACUUGUUGGUGACAUUUGCACCUAACAGCCAUGAGAAGAUGACAGGAGAGAACAUCACCAGGCACCUUGUGAGCUGGCCUUUUCUCUUGUACACGCUCGUGGAGAUCAUUCUGUUCUGCCUGCUGCUGUACUUCUACAAGGAGAAGAAUGCCAACAACAUCAUCGUGGUUCUUCUCUUAGUGGCAUUACUUGGCUCGAUGACCGUAGUGACGGUGAAGGCUGUGGCCGGCAUGCUCGUCCUGUCGAUACAAGGCAAUCUCCAGCUCGACUACCCCAUCUUCUACGUGAUGUUUGUGUGCAUGGUGGCCACUGCUGUCUACCAAGCUGCGUUUUUAAGUCAAGCCUCACAGAUGUACGACUCCUCUUUGAUUGCCAGCGUGGGCUAUAUUCUAUCCACAACCGUUGCUAUCACAGCAGGUGCGAUAUUUUACCUGGACUUCAUCGGGGAGGAUGUGCUGCACAUCUGCAUGUUUGCGUUGGGAUGCCUCAUUGCAUUCUUGGGCGUCUUCUUAAUCACGCGUAACAGGAAGAAGGCCAUUCCAUUUGAACCCUAUAUUUCCAUGGAUGCCAUGCCAGGUAUGCAGAACAUGCAUGACAAGGGAAUGGCAGUCCAGCCCGACCUCAAAGCUUCUUUUUCCUAUGGGGCCCUGGAAAACAACGACAACAUCUCUGAGAUCUAUGCUCCUGCCACACUGCCCGUCAUGCAAGAAGAACACGGCUCCAGAAGUGCCACUGGGGUCCCCUACCGAGUCCUGGAGCACACCAAGAAGGAAUGA